GCUACAAUGUCGUGGUGUAUGUUAACUACGUAAUCUGUAAUAUGUCUAAGAAGUAAAUACAAGGGAACUUACGUAUACUCGUUAGUACACCAACUGGGCAGAAGAAUUAAAAGAUUCACUCCUGGAAUGGAUUCAGAUCUAAACGUCGCCCACGUCAGACGAUAAUAGUCUGGGGAAAAAUCGGUUGUUUUUAUUUUGAUGACAAAGGGUUUAUUUCUUGUACCAGGUGACAUCAUCAUAUCUGCUGCCUAAGACCCAAAGGGAAAAAAACGAAAGACGGACUAUUGAGACCACCGUGACUUACAGGGGUAAUAAUUGAAGAUUCCUAAGUGAUUCAUCUUUAAGCAUGGCAUCAGGAGGAAUGAUGGAGAAGAUCUCAGAUGACCCAGAGUUUAUCUACAUGACUGACAACACCCUCAAGUACAUAAACAAGAAUCACAAGAAGGUUAUGGCUAAAAUGUACGACUACAAAUGUGACAUUAAACUGAAGGUUGGUGAUGCAAAGUUCAAGGCUCACAAGGAUGUCCUGUCUGAGGCGAGUGAUUAUUUUGGAGCUAUGUUCAGCGUUGACAUGAGAGAAAGAGAGCAGAAAGAAAUUGAAAUUUUUGAAAUCAGUCCACAUGGAUUCUCUGCUCUGUUAGAUUACUUUUACCAUGGCCGAGUUUCCAUAUCACCUGAUAACAUUGAGGAUGUGAUUGAGGCUGCUCGAUUUUUGCAUGUGGAGUGGAUUUUAGAAGUAUCCUGUGACUUCCUAGUUCGGCAUCUCAGCCUGGAGAACUAUGAUACAGUCCUUCAUCUGGCAGACUUUUAUUCCUUAGGAGAUCUGAGAUGGGACAUUUCAAGAUUUCUCGGCGAAAAUCUCACAACACUGAUCGAAGAGCCACGGUUCUAUCAGAAUCUAAGCUUUGAGUUGCUACUGAACUUUCUGAAAGAGAACAUUUAUGUUGAAAUGAGUGAAGGCUAUAUCCUAAAGAUUGUCCUGGACUGGGUUCAUGAGAAUUAUGAUGCCCGCCAAAAGUACCUGCCAAGACUGCUGGAGCAUGUGAGGAUGGGGAUGUUGGAGCUGGAAGAGCUGGAUAGACUCCCUGAUGAGGUGCUGGACAUUCCUGAGGUGUCCAAGGAGGUGGAUGAGGCCAGACGAUACAUCUGCAGUAUGACCACCCAGUCCCUCUACACCUCCAAAAAGUACCUACCUCGGGGAUCACGGAAAGUUCUCACGAUCAUGGCAGCCUCUGAGGAAGCCAAUGGAACUAUUGUACUGUACAGGGAUGCCAAGACACCAGGGAUCUGCCAAGAGGAGUUAUCCCCACGAGGCCUGGACACAGAGGUAGAGUUCACCAGCCAGGCCACCAUUGGAAACUUCCUUUAUAUAGCUGGAGGUUAUGAUCAUCAGUACUGCAGCUCUAACCGCUUGUUUCGCUUCGACCCACGCUACAGAGACUGGGUGGAACUUACCCCUUUGCUGCAGAAGCGGGUAUCUUUCGCAAUGUGUAGCUCAGACACAGCUCUCUUUGCCAUUGGUGGGAUUCACCACAUGAUUCACGGAGAAGAUGAUGAGGAAAUCAUUUUGUCUUCUGUGGAAAUGUAUGAGCCUGAAGAGAACUGUUGGAAACCUCUGUCACCCUUACCUCAUGGCAGCUACGACCAGGCCGCUGCCUUUGUCAGUGGAUCCCUGUAUGUGUCCGGUGGUAUAAGUUCAGAUCCUGUGGAUCCUGUUCCACUGAAUUACUUUUACAGGUUGAAGGUGGAUGGUGGGACUUGGCAACCAUUGCCCUCUAUGCUCCACAACCGCCAAGGUCACAGUAUGACCCCUGUCAACGGGAAGCUUAUAGUCAUUGGAGGAAGAACGGCCCACGAUGUGGCCACAAUUUCGGACUGCUUGGCAAAUGAGAUGUAUGACUUAGCAACUCAUCAGUGGACUGAGAUCACACCCACUCCUCCAGAUAUUGGGCAUAUAUUCCGCUAUGUUGAUAUUCUAGAUGGUAAAAUUGCAUUCCUGGCCAGUCAUGAUGGUCACCAGUACAUUUAUUUUUAUGAUACAGAAAAGGGGAAAAUUGAACCUGGUGAUUAUUGUGGCCGUGAGUAUACACGUGUCACAACUUUACAAGUAUCUUACCCAAGUGCACAAAUAUAACUUUAAGUGAACACCGCAUCUGUAUUAACCAUUGGGCUUUCCUUGCGGAACAUCAUUCAAUUCUCAAACAGUAUGUUUUCUAAAUUUAUUUCUUGAUUAAGUUAAAUUUGAGUUCAUUGCAAUUCACAUCCAUUUAUGUGGAUAUGGGUAUAGGGAAAUGUGAUAAAUAUUUCAUUAAAACUGCAUUGAAAGAACACCACCAGAAUCAUAUUACACAUAUGGGUGUCCCUGAAAGGUUACUUUGUUAUUCAUUAGUUGAUCAGAAUGUCUUGUAUUUUUUGUAUUUACUGCAAAGUUUUGGAGGAAAUCGCAAAGUUGCCAAAUGGUUAAUUUAAACAAGAUUUGUUACUUGUAAUUACUUAAUGAUUUCAUGCUUGAUGCAUGUACCUGUAUAUAUUAAGUGUCUAUAUAUGUUUGUGUUAUGUGGGAUCGCUUGGAGGCUAAUGAUUCAUCUCCUAUAAAGUGUAUAUUCAAGACUUUUACAUGUAGGUCAAUCUUGUGUGCAGAGUGGACGUGUAAUAUGCAUAUUCAUUUAGUGUUACCUUGGAAACCGUCUCACCGUGUGAAAGAUGAUGUUGUGUUUAUGCAUAUAAACAAGGUACAAUGUGUCUGUAUGCCUAUUGAAACAGGCGGCUAUCAGAACAAAAUGGUGGUAGUAUGAGAUGCACAUAUCUUUAUGGAGUCCUUGUCACUUGAUUUUGUGAAAGGAUUGGCCUUUUGCUGUUAAUAUUGAGCAAUAUGUAUAUGUUACAACAUUAAAUGAAUCAAAAUGUUAAGUAAGGAGUGUUAAGAGAGAGCAUGUGAAACAAAUUAAACUUCUUGCACUGUACUGUUUUGAUAAGUUCUCAAGUAUAUUUUGAGUGUAAAUCUCACCGAGAUGACAUCAGCCUAUGUAAUCACUGGUUUAUAGAUUUGUUGUAACUGUGCUGGGCAUUCUGGGAUUCCAUGUACAUGUAAUAUUACCCGCCUAAUACAAGUACAUACAUGUAUAUAUAUGGGUUCAUUUAAUCCAGUCUUUUUGUUCCAUAUAAUGGCAUAAAAAAUCAAGAUUUUAUAUAUGCACACGUUAGCAGCAACGUCUGAGUUACUUUCCAAAAAACAUACCAGUGCACAGGUGUUUCUAUUUUGUUAUACUGGUAUCUGAAGUGAACCUGCAGUUCACUUCAGUAUUUUUUUGGGAGUUUUUACUCAAGAUAAUUAUUCCAUUAAGGUAAACUUACCUUAGUAACUGUUGAUUGACAUCAGCAGCACAAAACGGCUGUAGACUUAAUGCCAUUUUAUCUGGUAUCAGCUACAUUCCAAGGGAAGAUAUCUGUUCACAGAUUGUGAAAUGACAUUCCUGAAUGUCUUCCCUUUUUAUUGGUGUUCUUGAUGAUGUAUAUAUUUUCUGUCCAUUUGUUUGUUCAUUGUGUUUCAUGAUGUUUAACUUACAUGCAUAAGUUGUUUUGUGUGCUGGAGAGAGAAAUAUUUUUUUUUUUACAUAUCCUUUGCAAAAGAGUCACAUAUGAGUACUAUCUUAAAAUGUUACAUUUCUGAUUUGUAAUUUUGUCAUUUUGAUUUGUUAUUCUUAGCUGUAAAAUUUGGAUGUUGUGAUAUGUAGAGUAGUAUUUAAUUUAGAACCUUACACUAGGAUCUGCCAGAUCUGAAAUCUCCAGUCUAUAAAUAGCUUUCAUGUAUCAAACUAGUGCUGUCUAAAUCAUAGUUAGGGAGAAUUCUUAUUUAUUACACAGUUUCAUCUAGUCUUUGGUGAGAUUAUACUGCUUUUAUAUGAUUUUGUUUUGUUUAUUACUUUCUUUGCAUACCUCAUAUUUUUAAAGAAGACUCUGGCCAGAGCAUGUUAAGGUGUUUCUUUCCCACAACUUAUUGUCCUACAGACACAAAUGCUAAUGGUAACUUUACUUAUGUCAUAUUUUGAGGUUGUGAAUCUGUAUUUUUUGUGAGGUAUCUAUUGGAUAAUCAGCUAGAGCUCUUUUACACAUUAUGGUUGAUUUCAUAAUUGAUGUGACAGGUAAACUUAAAUGUGUUCUCAUCAUUCUGGACAUUCAAAAAUGUGCUAAAUAAUAAACGUUCAGUUUACCAACUGACUCCAUGAAUAGUAGUUGUUAACUUGUGAAUAUUUUGCACCAGUGUGAAAAUCCCUGGGAUAUGUGACAACAGUUUCAUUGCUAAGACAUAAUUGUACUUGAAAGCUUGAGUUAGUACAAUGCAUACAGAUUUGUAACUGUAUAGACUUAACAGGUUGUGCAAUUGUAGCUGUUUUGAGCUGUUUGAGCUUUUAACGUAAUUAAGGCUUCAGUUAUCAAAUUUUGUUGAGAGCAUUUUUAGAAAGCAAAGUAGAUUUUUCGUUCCACCCUGAGUAUUGAACUCUGAAAGGCAAAACCACUGUUCAUUACCAUCUGUGAGCAUCAAGUUUAUGUAGUUUGAUAUUUUCAGGAAUAGGUGGCAUGCAAAAGGAUAUGCUAACAUUAUAUCUAUUUCUUAUUUUCAGUGUCAUCAUUGCAUUCUCUAUUAAUAUGUAUAUGUUUGUUAAGGAGGAGCCACAAUUGUGACACCAUGGAGUACUUUCUAAACACAGAGUAACUGACGGCAUGCCUGUGCCUGUUUUAAUGGUGUCAUGUUUUAAGGGGUUUUCUCUAGAGGCUUUUUCAUGUGAUACUAGCAUAGCGUGCAAAUCCUGGUUUGUAUUAUGUUAUACUUUUAUACUUUCAUUGCGUAUGUGCGCUGUUUCAUUGGUUUACAACGACGUUUAUGUAAGAUAGUUAUACUUGAAAACGAUAGUGCAUCUAACUGUUUUAUUUGCAUGAACAAUGUAUUCUACGCUCCCAUUACAGUGGUUUUUUGAAUUAAUGAUUAAAAAAAACUUAA